CUUCCUUUAUCGCGCACAGUUUCUCUCUUUGGAGUCGGCGGCGGAUGGAUCUCCCUGGCAGAUGCGCGUCCUCAGCACUCGAUGUAGGCAUGCCACAAAACACAGGGAAAGGCUGGGCGAGAGAUGCAGAUGCGAUGCACGCACUGUGUCUGUCUGCUGUGUGUGCGUUCACGCCUCAGCCGAGCAGGUCUCGUGGAGGUCAUGGUAUGGCCGUCGCCGCGUCAGAAGUCCACAAGAUGAAUGGCGAUUCAGGCAAAGUGGCAUCGACUCGAAGGUAUCCCCGAGGUGCCGGCGAUGAUGUAGAGGAGUUUGAUUGUCUCGCCGAGCGCCUGCUGCCCGUGCUGCGCGAGUAUCUCGGUGCCAACAACGAGCUGCAGACGGCCGUGGUUGACCUGAAGGACCCCGCGGAGCUGUGCAAGCUGCUGGAUGCCGACAUCAGGGGCCACGGCGUCGGCCUGGUGAGUGAGAUCAAAACGCUCAGGACGGCCCGUGACUGGUGUGAGUGUUUUUGCGCUUGACUGACUUACUGUCUUGCUUGCCUUGCUGCUGGGCUGGGUGUGGUGUCUGAUUGUCAGGAUGAGUUGCAGCGGCUCUUUCAGCUUGCACUCAAGUACAGGUAGGUACUCACGGAAGGGUGCGUGGGUAGUGAGUGACAUGUGGAGAGAGAGAGACCCCCACCCCUCCCCCACCGCUGCUCCCUCUUGUUUCUCUCUGCCUGCCACCUCACCUCCCAUCACCUCAUCCUGUCUGUCUGCCUGUGUGUCUGUCUGUUCGUAUCAGCGUGCGGACGGGCCAUCCUCUGUUUCUGGACAAGCUGUACACGGGCACCGACCCCGUGGGCCAGUUCGCAGAGCUGCUGACAUCCAUCCUCAACACCAACGUCCACGCAUACCACGUCUCGCCCGUCUUCUCCGUCGUCGAGAUCCGCACCAUCCACACCGUCGCGUCGCUCAUCGGCUACUCGACCGGAGGCCUAUCACGUGACAGGGAUGACUACGGCGGCGACGGGGUGUUCUGCCCGGGCGGGAGCUACUGCAACAUGAUGGCCAUGCUGUGCGCCAGAGACCGGGCCUUCCCCCAUAUGCAGACCGACGGCGUGCGGCCAGACGACAGGCCCAUCAGCUUCACAUCGGAACACGUAAGCAAGCGGGGCGUCCGAGGGAGUCCGUUCAUGAGUGAGUGAAUCAAGUGGCUUUAGUAUGUGUUGUGUUGUGUUGUGUUGUGUGUGUAUGUCAGGGUCACUACUCGGUGCGGAACGCGUCGCUCAUGUUGGGGCUGGGUACUCAUAGUGUGGCCAAGGUGCGGUGCGACAAGUCAGGGAGGAUAGACGUGGAUUCCCUAAGGCGUCAGUGCGGCGAGGCCAGGCGAGCGGGCCGGCGGGUCUUCUUCAUCAGCUGCACCGCUGGAACCACCGUCUGCGGCGCAUACGACCCCAUUGACCAACUCGCCGAGGUCAGUUAGUCAGUCAGUCAGACAGACGAGCCGCACAUUCUUGCUACGUCAUUCAUUCAUCCAUUCGUCGUGUCGAUUGGCUUCCUCCGUGCAUGUCUUGGCGUGUGUGUUCGUUGGUCAGGUUGCUCGCGAGUACGGUGCGUGGCUGCACGUGGACGGCGCCUGGGGCGGCAGUGUGAUCGUCAGCCACAAACAUAAACACCUCAUCAAGGUCACAGCACACCAACGACACACACACCACACCCACUGGGCGUUUAUCGUGCCUGUCUGUCUGUAUGUAUGUUGCCAUUAAUUGAUGUCAGGGCAUCGACAAGAGCGACAGCUUCGCGUGGUGUCCCCACAAGGCCCUUGGCGUGCCGCUCACGUGCUCAAUGCUCAUCGUCAAAGAGAGGGGAAGGCUCGAGCGGGCCACGGGACACCACAGCAACACAGGUGCCGCGGCAUACCUCCUGCACUCCCCUCCCUCCCAGGCCGCUGCCAGCAACGCCACUGCCGUGUCCAACGGUGUGGACACGCCGGCCGACACACCAUCGGACGCCAGCCAAGAUGACUGUUUGGCAAUCUCCUACGUCCAGGGUAGGUCCAGGGGACGCAGGGAGGGAUGGGGAGAGCAUUCGUUGGUCGUGCAAGCCUGUGGUGUUGUGUGCAGGGAGCAAGACGCUGCAAUGCGGCCGUCACGGUGAUGCGCUCAAGCUGUGGCUCAUGUGGAAGUGGCAGGGGACCGAUGGUAUACAAACAGGACAAAAACAACGUGCACGAGCCUUCACUCGUUCGUUCACGCAGGUCUUGCCUCUCGCAUCGACCUGGCCUUUUCCAACGCGGCCCACCUCACGGCAGAGAUCAGGAGGAGACAACCGACCUUCCAACCGGUCAGUGCGGUGUGGGUGCGGUCCCACAGGCAAACUGAAUCGUGGCCACACGACCGACAUUGGUUCCAUGGGUGCGGUGCGUGUCUAUGGCCGUCCUGUUUGUGUAUGCGACGCGUAGGUGUUGGAUGCGUUCGAGUCUCUGAACGUAUGUUUUUGGUACGUGCCGGUCUUCCUGAGGGAGUUGAUGCCGCCCAAAGGGUCGGCUGGCCUCGACAGCCGUGUCGACACCGAGACGCGAGCUCUCCUGGGCGCCGCCACAAGACACCUCAGACACGCCCUGCACGAAAACGGUGCGUGGGCGACUUGGGCUUGAAAUGCGGGAGAAAGGGAGAAUGCCUUGCUCUGUGUCAUUGGUCGUCUGUCGAUCAGGCCGCAUGUUGGUCGAUUUUGCGUCCUUGAGUGACUGGGGUUAUCCUCCGUUUUUCCGCGUGGUGAUCAGCAGCCCCAAGGUGACUCCGGCCGCACUCGACAUGGUGCUCAGCGAGAUAGAGCGGCUGGGCGAGGCCAUCACCUCACCAGGGCACCUCACUGCACCCACUCACGCAGUGAGAAUGGAUGGGUGACACAGACAGAAUGCACGAAGGUGUCAAGUUUUGACAGGGAACGGAGGGAGAGGGGGGUGGGCCGUUGAGUAUGUGAUGCCUGUUUUGUUUGCAUGACUGUGGGUGGAGGCAGGGGAGGGGGUCAUGAGCGAUCUCUGCUUAGUUUAAGGGUCUACCGAUGCAGUCAGUGGUUUGCAUGUCUUGCCAUUUAUUCAUGAUCAUGAUGCGUGGAUGGACUCACAGUUUUGUGUCUGUCUGUCUGUCUGUCUGUCUACCUGUCUGCCCUGUCCGUCGGUGGCCUGUCGACGCGACAGGAAUAUCUGCUCCCGGCUGUCGGCGUGUCCCUUUUCCUGGCUGCACCGUGGUAUCAUGCGUAUCAUGCAUGGGGAAGUUUGCUAGUGCGAUCUGUUUGGUGUCUUCGGGUGUCUUGGUUGUGGUCGGAGCCAGGCAAGCAGAAGGGGACAAAUGCAUGUCAGCUGCUGCCGCUGUUCUCCAGUCGCCGUUGCAUCGUUUUGAUUUCGUCCGGCCAUUGCCAACCUCGGAUCGGUUCAACUUGGCCAAGUUGCGUGCGAC